AUGAGCAGACCCGCACUCCAUUUCCUCCGCCCAUACUUCUACCGAGGCGCGCACUCCCUCAAGCCACAGCAUGCUCAGGCGUAUUUAUCUGUGCAACGGCGCUUGAAGCACAUCGCUGCCGAUGCUUUCACCGGCCCACACGACGUCGAGAAGCAGAAGAGGCUCGAUCAGCUGAAGCACAUCAAGCCACUGGGCGACUACCAUCCACAGUUGGUCUACCCUGCGGAUGCUGAAGUCCUCUCUCUUCGAGACUUCAAUGCAAAAUUUGCAGACAUCCGAGAAACGCAGGCUGAAAAUGUCUCCGUGUUCGGAAGGGUUCGCUCGGUGCGGCUACUCGGGUCCAAGCUGAUGUUCCUCGACAUUGAGCGUGACACUCAGCGACUGCAGAUCAUGGUGGAGCGGAAGAAGCUCGACCAGGAUGAUUCUGAAGAGCUGUUCAAGAGUCUGAAGAAGGUCGCAAGGAUCGGGGACUGGGUCUCUGUUGAAGGAAAUCCCACGAGGACGUCGUCGGGCCAGUUGUCUGUUCUCGCCUCAAAAGUGCCUCACAUCCUUGCGCCCUGUCUUCAUCAUAUUCCUAAAAAAGUCGACAAUGCUGAAACGCUUGCUCGACGCCCUCACAUUCACUCUCUCACGAGCGAUGAACCAGCCGAUACCCUCCGACUUCGAGCGCUGAUCUAUGAUUACAUACGGACGUCGUUGAUACAAGGCGGGUUUCUAGAAGUAGAGACGCCGAUGUUCGACGUCAACGCUGGAGGGGCUAUUGCGCGACCUUUCGAGACCGUCGCAAACGAGAUGUCCAACAUGCCCAUCAGACUCAGGAUAGCACCUGAGCUAAACCUCAAGCGCUUGAUCGUUGGCGGCCAGGACAAGAUCUUCGAAAUCGGACGUGCAUUCAGAAACGAAGGCGUCGACAACACCCACAACCCAGAGUUUUCCACGUGCGAGUUCUACGAGGUCGGCGCGACCCUUCCGCAGUUGAUCGAACGGACGGAGCACCUCAUCUACAACCUCCACAGCGCCAUCGACUCCCUCCGAUCAACCUACUUCCCCACUCUGUCCGCCCCUGAGGAGAUCGACUUCUCGCACCCCUUCGCCCAGCUCCCCUUCAUCCCCACGAUUGAAAAAGCCAGCGGCCGCACACUGCCCGACCUCACCUCCCCAACCGCCACCUCCGACAUCAUCUCCCUAUUCAAUGAGCUCUCUCUCCCCAUCCCACCCAACCCCACGCUCCCGCGCCUCCUCGACAACCUCGCAGAGACAUACAUUGAGCCGCACUGCCAGAACCCCACGUUCAUAACGCACCACCCGGAAGCUCUCUCGCCGCUCUCCAAAUCCUUCGUGUGCCCCACCACCUCGCAGCGCGUAGCCGCGCGCGUCGAGCUCUUCAUCGCGGGGCGCGAAUACGUCAACGCGUACGAGGAGGAGAACUCGCCGUUUGAGCAACGCCGCAAGUUCGUGCAGCAGCAGGAGUUCCAUGCCGAGGGCGAAGGGGCCAUCGACGAGAGCUAUCUCGAGGCGCUGGAGUGGGGGAUGCCGCCGACGGGUGGUUGGGGAUGCGGGCUGGAUAGACUGGUGAUGCUGUUUGCGAGCAAGAAGAGGAUUGCUGAUGUGUUGCCGUUUGGGACGUUGCGCAAUGUAGUUAGUAUUGCGAAGACUAGGUAA